GCGACCGUCCCCUCGUCGCUGCGCUCUCGGCCUCCGUGGAGCCGCGGCUGGGCGCGGAGCGGCUUCCCCGAGGGCUUCGGGGCGGCCGGAGGCAAGGGGCGGCCCGCAGCCGGGGCGUGCUGCCCGCACCCCUGCUCCCCUGGCAGCGAGCGGGCUUGGGCUGUGCCCGACCUGCUUCUCGUUUCCCUUUUCGAGCCUUUCGGUUUGGCACCAGGCUUACGCGCUGGGUCACAAGCGGGCAGCCCGUUUCGGAGGAGCUUAAAAUAAGCUCGUUUUGGCUUUGUUUAUAAAAGUUUAUUUUCAAACGCUUUGCGGGGGGGGGGGGGGGGGGGUUGUUGCUGGAGCAUGCUUUCCCCAGAAGCGCAGCGCAUUUCUCAGGCCCUUGACAAAGUAUGUGUCUCUUGUGCUUUCUGCAAACCCCCUCGCGAGUGCCGUUUGCUGCUCCGUCUGCGUGGAGCCAUGGGAAAUGACUGCCAGACCCUCGCCGCGCGCUUCCCGGAUGCAAGCCGAGCGCUCAGCCUUGGCCUGGGAGAUGCGCUGCUCUUGCAAAUGCUGGUGGAGCAAAGAAGUUAUCAGGGGAAGGAAGAGGCUCCCGCUGUCCCCUGCCUCGGCUGGUACAGGAAUAUGGGGAGGAGACACCGCAGUCACCCAAGCUGACACCUGCAGUAGGGCAGAGCUAGUGUCGUCACCGUACAUGCUGGACCGCUGUCCCCUGGAGGAGGAGCUGGCCCUGAUGGUAGCCAGAUGGUCCCCUCCUGGCCGGUAGGUUGGGAACGCUUUUGGCCGCAGGAGCUUUGUGCCACCGGGAUGGACAUUGCAGCCAUGGUGGCGUCAGGAUUCGGGCAGGGGACAGCAGGGAUGGGCAGUCCUCUCCUACCACAUCUCCUCAUUAGAGGCAUGAAUAUGCAUGCAUGCAGAUGUGCAUAAAUGACACUAGCUGGAGGUUGGAGGUGCGUCGAGAAAAAAAAAAAAAAAAGAAAAAAAAAAAGAAAGCUUGGCUUGAUUUCACGAGCCCAGCUCGGUGGGACACAGGGACACGGGCGGGCUGCAUUUCCCCCACCCCGAGGGCAGCACCACCCGCUCCUCAUCCACCUGCCACCGCUGCUCUGCAGCCCGAGGGGUGCAAGAGCAAAUUUCUGACUGCUGUUCCUCUUAUGGUUUGUUUUUCGAAGAGCUCCGGUGUUAGUCUGCCGCUGGGGAGAUCGAUUCACGUGUCUGGAGGACAUGAACACCCCCACAAGCUCCUGGACCCCUGUUCUUGUGGGGAGAGCAGAGACAGCCCAGGGCUGCACGAGAGCGCUUUGCACUGGGGCACAGCACCGUGCCAGGUCCCUUGCGGGGGGAACAAAGACUUAACAACAUACUGUUGGAGGGUGGGAGUGGGUUCCCCUUUUUCCAUUUCUUAAAGAGGAUCCAAAGGGAAAAAUCACGUUUCUCUUCUCAAAGCAGAAUAAAACCAAAAUGUCUGGUCCCUGGGGACAUGGCGGUGAAUCGGCAGCACCAAACAUGCCCUGGAGCAGCCUUCCUGCAGCUGAGCAGUGAAGGCUCGUAUCUCAGGACCGAGUCCCAGGCAGGGCUGCAGCACCUGCUAGCUGUCACCUCGGCUGGGCUGGGUUCGUCACGUCCUCUGGCUCGGAGCUGACACAACGUGCUGCUGAUUAGAGACGUCUCUGGGCUUUGGCAGUGAGUGGUAGCGCUCCACGUAUUGCCAAACUCCAGUGAAGAAACUGCAGCCAUGCGAUGCUGGGGGAGAGGGCCAGGCUCUGGCUCUGCCCUUCCCGAGGAUGCUCCCCCCAGUUUGCGCAUCCCAGAUUUUCUCAGGAUCCUCUCCCUGGCUUUGGUUCCUCCCAGGCAGGUUAAAGUGUGCCGAAAAAGUGCCUGCCCACUCAGGCAGCUUGGGUGCCCGCUGUGCCCGUGCAGUUUGUCCAUCUGCAGAGGCAGCAGGAGCCGCCUUGCCUUCCUCCUCGGGACAGGCAGGUACUGGGGCAGUCGCAUUGCUGCCGGAUGAAGGAAUCGCGCCGCAAAGGGCCAGGGGAGUGCUUAAUCUGACAAGGCAGCGCGGUUGUUUCCACUGCAAGACAGCAGCCAAAGGCUGUCGGAUUCCUCUGCCCUUAUUCAUCGGCCAUCACGUGAGAGCAGGGAGAGCGCGCGCCCGUCCCAGCGCUGCCCCUCGCAGCCCCCUGGGUGCCAGCUGGGGGGCACGGGCUCGUGCUCCCCGCUCAGCCCUCACCCCUGGGGACCCAGCCACUCCCGAAAUAACUCUUGGUGAGACAGAGGAUGGGGGCUGGUGCCGAGAGCUAUUUAAACCAUCGUCCCUGAGGAGUUGUGGGGACGAUUCUCUGGAAGGAACCCUGGGCUGUGCUGGCAGGAGGAGCUGUUUACUGCUCCUGCCCAAAUACACAGUGCUUGCCGUCCUCUGAGCUCACAUCUCAAUGCAAGCGGUGGAGAUAGGCAGAGCCGCCACCCGCGUGGAAGUGCUGGGGGUGGCGCAGGGCUCCCACCAUGCAGAUGCACAGGGCAGGGGCAGGGGCAGGAGAUGCCAUGACCCCGUGGGGUAAGCAUGAUGCCAAGCAGGAGGUGAAGGUUUGGAGAAGUCCCCAUCCUGGGAACCGGAGCUGCUCAUCCUGGCCUCAGCCUCCUCCGGUGUGGCUCCAAGAAGCCUCCCAAGCCUCCAAGAAGUUUCCUCCGCCUGUUUGUUUCCUAAGCCAGUGGUGAUUUCAGCGCCAGAGGGGAGAGCGCAGCUCCCCCAAAUGUGGCCUUUGCGCAAGUGGGAGGAAGGAGGCUGAGCAAGGCUGGGAUGGGUUCGGCUGCCAGAGGAGCGGAGUGCGGAGCCGCACCCUGCUUCUUAACGGGAACCGUCUGCAGGGAGCAGCAGGGAGAGCGAGGGGAUAAAUGAAUAACGCUCAUCUCGCAUCCAGACCCGUCUCGGCUGAUAGCACUGGGCUGAUACCCGCUCUCCAAAAAUGUAGGCGGUGCGGUGGUUAGGAGCAGACACCGCCGCUGAAGUUUCCUCAGGGAAGGAGUGGAGGCAGUGCCGGGGAUGAGCUGGGAGCUGGCACUGAGGGUGUCUUCUCCAGGUUGUCACUGUGACCUCGCUCCCUCCCUGCCCGCUUGCAAUGGGGCUGCAAUUCCCUCGCAGGGGGACCCAAACCACCCACCGGCGGUGCGUGGAGGCAUGGGGUGGCGCUACCAUCCACUUGCAACGUCGCACAGCCUUGGUGCUCGUGCUCCCUUCUGCCCCAGGUCGCAAGUAGAGGCUCCUUUAGCCUCCGUAGUAUUUCUAUAUCAGAGUGGCUGCUUUUAGGAAGCGCUUACAACAUCGCACUGGCUGUGAAUGUGGCAGUGGUUGCGUUGCACAGGAACAUGGAUUAGUUUCAACUAUGUCUCCAAAGAGGCUUGCAUCAUCUUAAGCAGUCUGAAGGAUGCAUUCACUUUCAUGUGCAAACAAGAGCUGGCGCUCACUUUGGCAACCUGCUUUCCAGCUGCAGAGAUCUCCGUAACACUCAGGAAAGUAAAAGCGCUCACACAGGACCGUCGCCGGGCGCUGGACCAAGGUGUGAUGCCGCAAGGACCCGCACUGCUGGGCUGGAGCAGCUCAUCCCUCCAGCGCCUGCUGUCGUGGGGCGUUUGCAGGUGCCAGACGCUGUACAAACAUGAAGGACCGCCUCCACGCGGUGUGUGCAGCAGCCACCGAGCACAGCAGAGGUCGUCUUGAGGCCAUAACAGCUGAAAGGCAGGAGCUGCUCGCCCAAGGACCCAGCUCCCUGCUGCUGACCAGGAUUGGGACACACCUGGCACAGCCCCUACACCCAUUCCCAGAGGUGAAUACGUGGGGACAGCUGGGUGCCAGCUGGCUCUGUGCCACCCGCCCGUGCCCUCAGCAGCCUCACGGGGAUGGCCACGUCCCAUCCCCAAACCCCACGGCACCCCUGCAGCCAGCAGCUGCAGACCCGUGCUCCCCAGGUACCCGGUGCCACUGGCAUUGGGCCCUGGCAGAGCUGCCUGACAGAGCUCCGUGUGGCCCGCGCAUGUUAGAGCUGAUGUCUGGCUUUAGGCUAGUGGGCACGGUGGUGGCAAGGAGCUGUUUCUUCUCUCCAGCUCUGGUCUAGAAGCAGCAGGUCUGCUUCAUGCUGCACACAUCACACGCACGGUCAGUUCAGCUGGGCACAUCAGCUCAGACGUGAAACCCUCGUUCCCUGCCUCGGCUGGGCCCCAGGGCAGGCUGUGGACACCCCAGCUGUGUGCAUGAGAGUGGCUUAUGGUUUCCUGCUUGUAGGGUGCUUGUCUGGAGGCUCCUGCGCAGAGGAGCUUGGCUGGAAGAAGUCAGCCAAAAGGUCAUGGGGGGAUUUGUGCUGGUGGAAAUUGCUUGGUGACUCCAGGUUUCUGUUUAGCCGUGGGACAGGCAAAGCAACGGUAGCAGGAGGUAAGGUCAGGGCGGCAGGAUCGUCCCCUGCCUCUGCAGGGGACCCGCUGCGGUGCUUGGGAAGGAGAGCUGGCACCAUUGCACCACGGAUGUGCCCCAAAGCGGUGGGGCCAAAGGGCAGGGCAAGGGAUGUCACCAAGCAAAUGACAGAGCCCAGGGGAGCUGCAGGAUAGAGUCUGGAGCAAAUCCCUCCAGCCUGCUGCCUGAACCCCAUUAAUUAACGGAGAGGGGAGGCUGGCUCUGCUCACGGCAACUACACACGCUGGCACGGCACUGGUGGGGUGGCCGGGGGCAUCUCCUCUCCUGCAGCCCCACCAACCUGGUGGCCCCCAUCCCCUGCUCCCCCGGCCAGCAGGACGCUCCAUCCCCGCGCCGUCUCCAUGGCUCCGCCGUGGCAUGCGUCUGCGGCGGGGAAGUGCAGCUAUGUCUUUAAGAAGGGCCUGGGCUGGGGUGGGAAAGCAUUUCCAUGCAGCCUUUCUCCCAGCAAACCUGGAGCGAGUUAGCAGCCGAGUUCGAGCGGCGGCCGGCAGCCAGCUCGCCCCGCGCAGCCACCCCGCUGGGUGCCAGGGUGCCAUGGGGGCACAGGGCAGCCAGUGGGGCACGGAGCAGCCCGUGGCCCCCAUCCCUGCGGGGAGAGAAAGAGGAGGAGGCCGAGCUGGCCACCUCUAACCUGGACCUUGAGAGCAAGAAAGCCGCCCACACCAAGCUGUCAUGGCAGCAGCCCGUGAACGUCUUCCUGGCUGCCGGCCGCCCGCCGGGCAUGGAGCAGCUGCACCAGGAGGCUCAGCUCAACCUCCAGAGCUUGCUGCAAGAGGAGUAUGAGGAGCAGUACGAGAGCAGGGUGACCGGGCAGACCUUCCGCGCCGCCGGCCACCCGUCCCCCAGCACCCCCACGGAGCCCUCGCCCCGUCCCCCGCCCUCCAAGCGCCUCGAGUUUGUGCUUAUGCCCCCAAGCCGGCGAGCCAACGACGAGGAGAGCAGCGGUGCCACCGCGCUGGGCGUGAGGCCACCCGACGCCUCCCUGAGCCUCCCCACCACCCCCGACAAGCAGACAGCCUGGCCCAGGGCCUUCCCCCUGCCCACCGUGGAGGAGAAGCAGUGGCACCAGUCCUGUUCCGUCCAGACCAACGUUGUCCCCAUCAAUGUCUCGGGGCAGCACUUUGCUAGGCACGCGAGUGCUCGUCACUCCCUGUUUAACACAGAGACCGCGAUGAACCCCAAGUCCACCCUGCGGCGUAGACGGACCAUUAUCGGAUUCCCUAACAUGUCCCUGCGAGACCAAGGCAGCGUCAACGCCAACGGCCCUGCGACCACCACACGCCCGCCCAUCACCGAGUCCCUGUCCUGCAGCUUCGAGCCCGCAAGCGGGGGGAAGCCCGCCCAGGAGAUAAGCCCCCGCCAGCCGCUCUCUGCCCCACUGAGGAAGACCUUCAGUGACCUCGGGGGGACGCUGCAGGCACGCUGCUGCCCACCCUCCACCCCUAUGGACAACAUGGCCACCCCCGGCACCUGCAAUGGGCCUCAGGGCACCCCCUUUCCCUCACCCUGGGGCGCCAGCUCCUUCAGCUACGCCGGCCCCCCCAGCCCCACUGCUGGCCAGGGCGCCUCACCGGGCAGCUCUGGCAUGGGCUCACCCGCUGGCACCGACCGGGCGGCCUCCUUCUUCAUCGCCCAGGAGGAGCGUGUGGGGAGCGCCGGGCCCGGAUCCUUCACUGCUGCGGUGCCCGAGUCCCCCCCGGGCUCUGGGGGCCUCCGGAGGUGUGAUGGACGAGAGGCCAGGGUGAACUUCUCGCCGACAAGCAAAGAGGAGCCGGAGCCGGCGUCGGAGCCGGCACGCCUCGGGGUGGAGCGGGCAGGGUGCCGCUUCCGCGAGCGGUCACUGUCGGUGCCCACUGACUCAGGGUCCCUCUGCUCCGUGGACAUCGCCUACGCCGAGGCCCGGCGCGGCAGCACCAACUGCGCCCUGGGCUACCCCAGCGCUGGCUCCGAGGGCAGCACCAGCACCGACAACAUCUCUCUGGGGCCGGAGCCGGAUGGCCAGCGGCGGCGGCGCUCCAAGAGCAUCUCCCUCAAGAAGGCCAAGAAGAAGCCCUCGCCGCCCACCCGCAGCGUCUCGCUGAUCAAAGAUGGGCAGGAUGGCCCUGCUGCCCUGGGGCUGCCCAGGGAUCAGAGACCCAAGAGCCUGUGCAUCCCGCUGGACCCCCCCAGCCACCGGCUGGUGCAUGCGGACCCCCAGGGCAGGGAGCCCGACGGCCCGGCCGCCCCCCACCAGUGGUAUCUGGCAGACUGGAAGACCGGCGAUCCCUACCGGUCCCUCUCCGGCUCAAGCACGGCCACGGGGACCACGGCUGUUGAGUGUGUCAAGGCACGGGGCAGCUCUGAGUCCCUCACGUCCCCCUCCAUCUCCAGAGCCACAACACCCUCCCAGCUCUCGGCAGAGGCUGACCUCAAAACCUCCUCCCCGGGCAGGCCCACGGGGCUGAUGUCCCCGUCCAGCGGGUACUCCAGCCAGUCAGAGACCCCCACCCCUACCGUCCCCACGUCGGCCAUCCUCGGGCACUCCCCACACCAGGUGCGGGUGAGGCCACUAGUCCCUGAGAGGAAGUCUUCACUGCCACCCACAUCCCCCAUGGAGAGGAGCCCCAAGUCCAGGCUGUCCUUCGACCUCCCUCUCACACCACCCGCCCACCUCGACCUCUCGGGGCUGAAGAUCUCCCUGAAGGGGAAGACGAAGGUCAGCCGGCACCACUCCGACUCCACCUUCGGCACCAAGCUGGCCCAGAAGACCAGCCCCAUCCAGCCCAUCAUGCCCGUGGUCACCCAAUCCGACCUGCGCUCCGUCCGCCUGCGCUCCAUCAGCCGCUCCGAGCCCGAGGACAAUGCCGACGGCCUGGAGCAUGCCGAGGAUCCACCACGCGUCCCCUGCCCAGGCCCGGAGAGGAAGGUGAAGCCACCGGUGGCAGAGAAGCCGCCACUGGCCAAGCGGCCCCCCAGCAUCCUGCCCAAGCCCCUGGCCCUGCGGGAGGAGGGCCCCCUGUCCCCUACGUCCCCACCAAGCAUUGCUACCAGGGACGGCUUGGCAGUGCUGCGAAAAGGGGAGCCGAGGAGGGGCCCAGGGGAGCCCCGGCGGCUCUCACAGGGCAGCCUGGAGGAUGAGCCGCGGCCGGAGGGGGAGCGGAGGAAGGCCAAGGUGCCACCGCCGGUGCCCAAGAAACCCAGCGUGCUCUACCUGCCGCUCGCCCCAGCCCCAGUGCAGCAGGGAGGAGGUGCGGGGGACCCGGCACCCACCCCCAGCCCCAUCAUCACGCUGGACACAGAGCCCAGCUGCUGCCACCCUGACACUGAUGACCCAAUGCCCACGGAGGUCCCGGGCACAGCACAAGCUGGCGAGACCCCUUUGGAGCAAGGCAGCUUGUCUGAGGCCGGCACAGAGGAGAAGAGCUUUGCCAGCGACAAGACAGCCGACUCCAUCGCAGAGGAGGACGAUGAUGUCUUUGUGGCAUCCCGUACCACAGAGGAUCUCUUCACCGUCAUCCACAGGUCCAAGAGAAAGGUUCUGGGGCGGAAGGAGCCUGGUGACACCUUUGGCAGCCGGCCCAAUUCCCACUCACCCGUGAAGACGUCGGGCUCACCAACAAGUGAGUCCCCUGCAGCAGUGGUCAGCACCGGGAAGUCCUCCAGCAGGAAUGAAGAUUUUAAGGCCCUGCUCCAGAAGAAGAGCAGUAAAACCAGUGCUGGUACCCGGCCAUCUGCAGCUGAACUGCUUAAGACCACAAACCCGCUGGCUCGGAGGGUCAUGACAGAGUUUGCCCCUGAGCUGGAUGGUGCAAACAGCCCCAAAAGCCAGCCCUAACCUUGCACAGACCCUUCUUGGCCACAAAGGGCUCGAGAUGGCUGCAGAGGGAGCCUUGCUGCGAGCGGUAGCUUUAGGCACUCAGGUCUCUGCAGAAGGGGUGUCCUGGCUGUCUCGCUGGGGCUUCUCUCAUGCUCUCAUUUCUUCCUCGGCAAAUCCUCUUUGGUUCCUCUCCGAUGGGAGAGCCGCCGUCAGAGAGGCAGUGUUGGGACCUGAGGCCCCCAUGUCCCCAGCGGAGGCAGGCUGCUCGCAGGAGGGAAGAGGCAGGCAUGCAGCACCGCAGCGGGGACUGUACCCUGCUGAGCUGGCCCCGGGACCCGGCACCUCCUGUGGCACUGGGCUGGCAGCUCCUGCUGCUCCUCGGGAACAGAGUGGGACAGCAGCCCCAGGCACCCUCCAGCACCCGCAGCAAAGCUAGCUUGAAACUGUUUGGUCACUCGGCAUGUGGUACUUUAAAUGGCUUUUUCUAAUGCACAAUGGUGAUGAUGUUUUUUUCUCUUUUA